UGUUUGGUCCCUCCACCGCACCCCCACUCUCAGGCCUACAGCCACAGAGGGCUGGGCAGGGACUGCGGGUCUCCUGGGAACUCGGAUUGUGACCCUGCUGGUGCUCUGGCUCGGGACGCUCUGUCUCCAUCCCCGUCACCCGCAGGAUGCCUGGCUGGGCCGAGUGGGGGCAGCCAGGUGCUGCUGGGGUGCGCUGCCGCGAAGGUUGCAGCCACGGGCUGCAGGGCUGGGCUCGGCGGGGCGUGGCAGGCAAAUCUGAUUUUUUUUUUUUCCCUCGGCGGGAGAGGCGGGCCCAGCGCUGCAGGAGCUUCCAGCAACUUUUCCAAGCUCUCACUGAGCAGAGUGGGAGCCCUCCCGACAGCUUUAGGAGUCUGCAAGCUGUCAUCUCUUUCCGCCCAGCAAGUUUCCUGCAAACUCAGAACACCUCCCGCCACCAGGACAGUCCCAGGAUGCGUCCAGCGCAGAGGGCGCCUCUGUCUCUGUGGCUGCUUUUAGCGCUCAGUCAGGGUUUUUUAAAUUGUUGUUUGGCAUACAAUGUUGGUCUCUCAGAAGCAAAAAUAUUUUCCGGUCCUUCAAGUGAACAGUUUGGCUAUUCAGUGCAGCAGUUUAUAAAUCCAAAAGGCAACUGGAUACUGGUUGGUUCACCUUGGAGUGGUUUUCCAGAAAACAGAAUGGGAGAUGUAUAUAAAUGCCCUGUUGAUCUGUCUACUGCUACAUGUGAAAAAUUGAAUCUGCAAACUUCAACCAGCAUCCAAAAUGUGACUGAGGUGAAAACCAACAUGAGCCUCGGCUUGACCCUGAGGAGGAAUACGGGGACCGGAGGGUUUCUGACAUGUGGUCCUCUGUGGGCACAGCAGUGUGGCAGUCAGUAUUAUACAACUGGUGUUUGCUGUGACAUCAGUCCUGAUUUUCAGCACUUGGCCAGCUUUGCACCUGCAAUUCAGACCUGCCCUUCCUUCGUAGAUGUCGUGGUUGUGUGUGAUGAAUCGAACAGUAUUUAUCCCUGGGAGGCAGUAAAGAACUUUUUGGAAAAAUUUGUACAAGGUCUGGAUAUAGGCCCCAGAAAGACACAGGUUGCCUUAAUUCAGUAUGCCAAUGACCCAAGAGUUGUGUAUAACCUGAACACCUUUAAAACCAAAGAUGAAAUGAUUCGAGCAACAUCCCAGACAUACCAGGCUGGCGGGGACCUCACAAACACUUUCAAAGCAAUUCAAUUUGCAAGGACUAACGCUUAUUCAGCAGCUUCUGGUGGUCGCCCAGGUGCUACCAAAGUAAUGGUAGUUGUAACUGAUGGAGAAUCCCAUGACGGUUCAAUGUUGAAAUCUGUGAUUGAGCAGUGCAACAACGACAACAUACUGAGGUUUGGUAUAGCUGUUCUUGGAUACUUAAACAGAAAUGCUCUUGACACUAAAAAUUUAAUAAAAGAAAUCAAAUCAAUUGCUAGUAUCCCCACAGAAAGAUUCUUUUUCAAUGUGGCUGAUGAAGCAGCCCUACUAGAAAAGGCUGGGACGAUAGGAGAACACAUUUUCAGCAUUGAAGGUACUGUUCAAGGAGGAGAGAACAUCCAGUUGGAAAUGUCACAAGUAGGAUUCAGUGCAGAUUACUCUCCUCAAAAUGAUAUUCUGAUGUUAGGUGCAGUGGGAGCUUUUGCCUGGAGUGGGACCAUUGUCCAGGAGACUGCCCAUGGACACACAAUCUUUCCUAAAGAAACCUUUGACCAAAUUCUGCAAGAUAGAAAUCACAGUUCAUAUUUAGGUUACUCUGUGGCUGCAAUUUCUACUGAAAAAAGUGUCUACUUUGUUGCUGGUGCUCCUCGGGCAAAUUAUACUGGCCAGAUAAUUCUAUAUAAUCUUGAUGAGCAUGGCAAUGUCACGAUAAUUCAGACUCAUAGAGGGGAUCAGAUUGGCUCCUAUUUUGGUAGUGUGUUGUGCUCCGUGGAUGUGAAUAAAGACACCAUUACAGAUGUGCUCUUGGUAGGUGCACCAACAUACAUGAAUGACCUCAAGAAAGAGGAGGGAAGAGUCUACCUUUUUACUAUUGCAAAGGGCAUUUUGAAUCAGCACCAAUUUCUUGAAGGCCCUGAAGGGAUUGAAAAUGCUCGCUUUGGAUCAGCAAUUGCAGCUCUUUCGGACAUCAACAUGGAUGGCUAUAAUGAUGUGAUUGUUGGUUCCCCUUUAGAAAACCAGAAUUCUGGAGCUGUAUACAUUUACAAUGGUGAUCAGGGUACUAUUCGCACAAAGUAUUCCCAGAAAAUCUUGGGCUCUGAUAGAGCUUUUAGGAGUCAGCUCCAGUUCUUUGGGAGAUCGUUAGAUGGCUAUGGAGAUUUAAACGGGGAUUCUAUCACGGAUGUGUCCAUUGGUGCUUUUGGACAAGUGGUUCAACUCUGGUCACAAAGCAUUGCUGAUGUGUCUGUAGAAGCUUCAUUCAAUCCAGAAAAAAUCAUUUUGUUCAACAAGAAUGCUCAGAUAGUCCUCCAACUCUGCUUCAGGGCGAAGUUUAGACCUACUCGCCAAAACAGCCAAGUGGCUAUUACAUACAACAUCACACUUGAUGCAGAUGGAUAUUCUUCCAGAGUGACCUCCAGGGGUUUAUUUCAAGAAAAUAAUGAGCGAUGCCUCCAGAAGAAUAUGGUACUAAAUGUAGAAAACAGAUGCACUCAGCACACCAUUCAAAUACAGAAACCCUCUGAUGUUGUCAACUCUUUGGAUCUACGUGUGGACAUCAGUUUGGAAAACCCUGGUUCCAGCCCUGCACUUGAAGCCUAUUCUGACACUGUCAAGGUCUUCAGCAUUCCUUUCUACAAAGACUGUGGUGGUGAUGGAAUUUGCAUCUCUGAUCUGGUUCUAGAUGUCCAACAGCUACCAGCUACUCAAAAACAGUCCUAUAUUGUCAGCAACCAAAACAAAAUGUUAACAUUUUCAGUAACACUGAAAAACAAAGGGGAAAGUGCGUACAACACUGCAAUUGUUGCUAAUUUUUCAGAGAACUUGUUUUUUGCUUCGUACUCCAUGCCGGUGGAUGGAACUGAAGUAAUAUGUCAGGUUGAUUCAUCUCAGAGAUCUGUUACCUGUGACGUGGGCUAUCCUGCUUUAAAGAGCAAACAACAGGUGACAUUCACUAUUCAUUUCGACUUCAAUCUUCAAAACCUUCAGAAUCAGGCAUCUUUCAGCUUCCAAGCUUUCAGUGAAAGUGAGGAAGCAAACAAGGCAGAUAAUUCAGUCAACCUCAAAAUUCCUCUCCUGUACGAUGCUGAAAUUCACUUAACCAGAUCCACCAACAUAAAUUUUUAUGAAGUUUCCUCGGAUAAGAAUGUUCCUUCUGUCGUGCACAAUUUUGAAGAUAUUGGUCCAAAGUUCAUCUUCUCUCUUAAGGUCACGACAGGACUUGUCCCAGUAAGCAUGGCAUCUGUAAUCAUCCACAUUCCUCAGUACACCAAAGAAAAGAACCCACUGAUGUACCUGACUGACAUACACACGGACCAGGCUGGUGACAUCAGUUGUAAAGCAGAAAUAAAUCCACUAAAACUGGGUCAGACCUCUUCUUCUGUAUCUUUCAAGAGGGAAAACUUUCGGCACGUAAAAGAAUUGGACUGCAGAACUGCUUCCUGUAGUGAUGUCAUCUGCAUGUUCAAAAACCUUGACAUAAAAGAAGAAUACUUCAUUAAUGUGUCCACCAGAAUUUGGAGCAGGACUUUCGCUGCAUCCACUUUCCAGACAGUACAGCUGACAGCAGCUGCAGAAAUCAAUACCUAUAAUCCUGAAAUAUAUGUGAUUGAAGAAAACACUGUCACGAUUCCUCUCAUGAUAAUGAAACCCAAUGAGAAGGCUGAAGUCCCAACAGGAGUCAUAGUGGGCAGUGUAAUUGCUGGCAUUCUUCUGCUUGCAGCUCUGGUUUCUGUCUUAUGGAGGUUGGGCUUCUUCAAAAGAAAAUAUGAAAAAAUGAUGAAAAAUCCAGAUGAGAUGGAUGAGAGCACAGAACUCCACAGCUGAGUGAUCUGGCAGGCAAUCGCCACUACACUGGGAACUGUCGGCGUCCAGCCAGGAUAUGCUAUUGUCAUGGAUGGAUCUUCCUUUUAAGUCCAAGUUUUUCACUAAUAGGUAGAUGAACCUGAUAUUUUCAGAGAAACUGCUGUCAGUUUGGAAUGAAGAAAUUAUGAGGAUUAGGGGUAAAAAGGGCAAAAGACUUAUUAUUUACAGAGACAAAAAACAAGUAACCCUUAAACUGGCUGGUCCAGGAUUUACAUUCUAAUGUAUUGUGUUGGAAACAAGUUUCCAGGUACGCAAGUAUUAAAUUGUAACACUUUCUCAAAUUUUGGGGGUGGGGAAUGCUUUUUUUAAAAUGUUUGAUUUAAACAGCAAAACUAAAAGUAUAUAUGUAAUAAUACAUACUGUACAUAAAUAUUAAUAUAUAGUAAUAUAGUUAUGUACAGCAGUUUUAUAUGUAUAAAAUAUAUUAUGUAAUACAUAUUACAUUACACAUAAUACAUAUUAUAUGUAUACACUAUAUGUAUAAUAUGUAUUAUAUAUCAUGCUGGAUAUUUUUACAUAUGUAUAAAAUUAUCAUGGGUAAUGUUAACAAGAGUGGCGAAAUUUGCACAGGUUGUUUUCAACUUAUGCUGUUCAUCCGGAGUGGGAACAGAUUACACUUUUAAGUGAUAAUUUUAUUUAUAACAAGUGAAAAUUUGUUAUUGGUUCUUUUGGCCUAUGGCCACCUCUUCAGAUUCCUACCUUGCUAUCAUUGUCCAAAUAUGCUUAAAUAACUGGAAGCAGCAUAGACAAUACUUCCUCUUAAGGGUACCUCCUACUAAACACAUCUCCACUUAAACUGGUGAAGGACAGUUUAGAAGCAAUGGAACAAAAUUUUGCUUAUAUCCUGUACUAUAACCAAUAUAUGGUGAAAUCCUAUCUGCUGGAAGCCCAGGGAAGGACAAGAAACUUCCUUUAAUGGAUGCACAACAGUUCUCUUUUAGGAGCUGGCUAGCUGGCUGGCGGAAAUUUGAUGAAUUUUUAAAAGAUGAGCAAAUUCUUUGCAACCUUUCUGCUCCCCGGCUGAACACUCUCUCACGGUCCCAAUGUGCCUUGUGUGACAGAAGCUCCCAGCCCACCUUCCUCUCCCGUGGUCAUCUACCUUCCUUUACCAUCAGCUCUCCCGCACACCUGUGAGAAUUACUAUAUAUGCUCCUUAACUUUAGGAGGCCAUUGUUUACUAUUAAACAAGAAAAGGAGACUAGGUAAAAUUCUCAAUGCUGGACUCUCAGGCAGUAUAAACAGAAUAAGGUAAAACAUCUUAGGAACUUGCAAGAAAUUAUGGCUGAGGCAUCAGAAACCAUAAUAUUAGCAGGUGCAUCUGCUGUGCUUCUUUUUUCUAGAAGACUGAAUUGCACUUGGGCAUGUUUAAAAGAUGGAUUCUUCUGUUCCAACUCCUGAGAUUAUAUGGUCAGAUUGGGAUGAGGCCCCCUAAUUUGCAUUUUGACAAGCACCCAAAAUUAUACUGUAGUAGAUAUAUUUUGAGGGACACCAGCAUUUCCCACUUUUUUGUCUCCAUUUUUGAGCCUGCACAUUCUCUAGGGAUAACUCUGAGGAAAGGGGCAUGGGAAAGGGCAACAGGGACCACUGCAUGUUGGGACACUAUAAAGCUUCAGACAAGUCCUCUAAUUCUGCAAACUUCAGUGUCCUCAUUAUAAAAUGGGGAGACUAGGUUGGAACUCAGGAGUGAUACUUUUACGUUUAUGAUCUCAAUUUCCUAUAGUACAGACAAUUCUCUGAGAAAUCAGAGGAGAACAGGAAUCUGCCCAUGUGUUUAUGUGUGGACUCGACUGUGGGGCUGGCCUGGCCUCUGAGUGGGCAUACACAACUAUCCCGACAAAGCAAGAGAAAAAAUAAAAUAUCAUGGGUUUAUAGCAAAAACAGCAUGGUAUUUUCUGUAGUUAAGUGAGCCAGAGCCCAGUUCUUUUAACAGCUGUGGAUUCACUGUUUCAUUCCAACAAAAUUUUAUUUUAAAAAAAUAGACUAGUCAUCACGUUGAUAAAGAAUAUUUAAUAAACUGUGUAACUACUGUUAGUUUUCCAGUGUACUUUACAAAAUACAUUUUCCCUUUUAUUUGAUCCUGCCUCACCUCCCUUAGAUAAGAGGUAGAGGCCGCAUACUUCACACACUGAGCUUGAGAACUUGGGCUAUCCUUGCCACAAUCUGCCUGUGUCACAGUUUCCAUGGAGCAGUUGGAUUGCUAGGCUGAAGCGCUAGUCACUUAUUUCCUAACCAUUUAUCACCCUAGCGUAGGGUUUUCUGGGCUUCAUAAAACUGUCAUUUUGGGUCAGGUGGUUUACUUGGGGGAGUAAAAGGUUAUCUCGCAGCAUCCCAGCCUAUAUCUAAUGGAUACUGGUAACAUCCUCUUCCUCAGUCAUGACAAUAAUAAAAUACCUCCAGACAUUGCCAAGUGACUCCCAGUAGGAGUACUUCUUAAGCACUUUUAAGCAACGUCAAGUAUUCAUAGAAAAAAUAAAAAUUGCACACUUUUCAAGUUAUAUGUUUCAUUCAACCACACUUUUUUAAAAAAGUGACGUCUUUAAGCAUAUAAUUUCCAUUUCAUAAAUGGUAUAUAAACAAGUUGUAUAGAAUAUGAUAUAAACUUUAAACUGUUUUCAGGCACGGCUGCCACACAGGCAUUACAAAAUAGUGACAGAGCUUGAUGAAGACAUAGCACUGAGAUUGAAAAUUGUGCAUUACUCAUUUUAGCAGCAAAUUGAAAUUCUUAACUGUACAUUUUUCUAGCUGGCAGUCUUAUUUUUGUAAAAUAGUUAAAGUUAUCUAUUAACUGUGAAUAAACAAAAAAAAAACUAAAGCCAAUUAUGUCACACAUAUAACACUGAAAGCUAUUCUAAAAGGUGUGAUAUUUACUAUCCUGAUAAACUAUAACCCCAUCUGUGAAAAUCUUGUAAAUUAAGACAUCAUUAAAAAGGCAAGAUUAAAUUUAGUUUCCUAAUACAUCUUUGAUAUUUCAAUUAGCACGUAUGCAGCAAUUCUAUACAUAGCUUUUUAGGACUAUGUUUUUCAUGUACAUAAAGUGAGUAUACUCAUUUUAACCCAUUUGAAAAUUUAACUUAAAUAUCUAAAUCAAAAGGUAAACAUGGGAUCAGGUGAAAAUAUUAACCAGUAAUUUUAAAAAAUAAAAAUGUAGCCAUCAUGUAAAUAUAAAAAUCAUAUGCACUUGAUUUAUUUUGGCGGGUGAAGUCAUAAUAUAAAUGUAUAUAUUGCAAAACUGUUGCAUUUUAGAAAAAUUGUCCUGUUUUCUUCAUAAAUAAUGCACAGGUCUUGGAUAUCAAAUUUGCUUUUUUGUGUACUUUGUCUCCUUUCCACUAAAACUGUAAAAGUGAAUGUAUGUCUGUACAUCAAGUUGAACAACUAAUUCGAUUUCUAAGAAAUGAAAAUUAAAUUGGAAGUAAUCAACCCAGAUCAAUUAGUAGCUUUUCUCAUAAGAACCAAACAGAAAAUUUUUAUGUAAAUGUAAACCCACUCUUCAUAUGACAUUAUUAAAAUUGCCUUGAAAAUAAA